AUGCUCAGGGAAGAAGCACAAAUGGAUAUGCGUUUCAGCAUCACGGUUGGUGUGGCUAACUGGGCGCUGCUUGCUGGCUAUCUAGUCGUUCCCGGCACGUUCACAUCACUGCAGACCUCGAGCCAGGUUGAAAAGACGUUGCAAACCAACAAGGCCGGCCGUACCGCUCUACAUAUGAUCCAGAACCCCCCGUUACUCGCUAUUGCGUGCUUCCUUUUUGUUAGUGGCACUGCAGCUCUCAUGUGGCUGAUGCACGUCCCAAAGCUCAGGGGAAACUACCCCUGGCUGAUUAACAAAGUGUUUGUUCCCCUAUGCCUGCAUGCUGUUGCCGGACUGCUGACCACUGUCAUCAACGUC